UGUCCGUGAUAUUCUUUUCAAAAGCAAAAUGAACUCUCUAAAGACCGUUGCCGCGAAGGUAAAGCAUAGCCCUCAAGUUAUAAGAAAAACGUUUUCUGGCGCAGGUUCGCCGAGUCCGUACGCGAAGGUAACAGAGGGGGAGAAAAGCAAAGGUAAACAUCAAGAAGACUGGCUUCAUGCUGAAGAUUCUUUGAAAGAAGGAAUUCACUUCUAUGUCAAGAUACUUGGAUCUUGUCCUGUGUUUCAAGCCCAAGGAUCAGGCUGCACUGAUGAAGCUGUGCAGAGUAUUGUCGCAAACACGAAGAAGACGAAGAAUACCCCAGCCAAUGGAAGCCUUCAGAAAGUUUUAAUUACCGUUUCUAGCCGUAAGCUAUCCAUACAAGAUAUGAUUUCAAAGGAGAGGGUCAUGGAGAUCCCAAUUUAUCGUGUUUCAUAUUGUGUGGCCGACCCAACCUUUCCCAAAGUGUUUGCGUUCAUUUGUCGAUCACAAGGCAAACAAGAUUUGACGUGCCACGCUUUCCUCUGCAGCAAACCGGCAAUGGCUCAAGCCAUGGCGCUGACCAUUGCUGAUGCCUUUAAGCUUGCAUAUGAAAACCACGAGAAAAAAGCGGGACACGGAAAACCCGAGAAGGAUCACGGGAGUCCGCGAGUCUCACAGGACAACAAGGAGAAUACUGAACAGGCCACAUCUGUGAUUCAAAACGAAAACGUUGACAUUUACGCGACCCCUAUACCCAAAGAAAAUAGAGUAAACACGCCAAAAAUUCACGUAUCUGCAGAUUCCUCUUCGGGUAUAAUGGAUGACUCCAGUAAUAAACUGCAAGCCUUGGACAUUGCAGCAAAAGACGACGACUUUGACGCGGAAUUUACAAAAUUAGCAGAGUCAAGGUCCAGCCCUAUCUUGUUUGAGACACCAGUGAGGAGACGAGAUUUUUUUGGUGACGUCAAUCAUCUAAUGGCCACUGAAACAACUGCUAAAGAGUUAAUGCUGUCAAAAUCCAGCGAAGAUCUCUUGUCGAUGUAAUUUAUUCCCUAAUUAUUGAACAUUUAUGGAUUGGCUGUUGUACUUUCUAACCCGACCUUUCAGCUAUAUAGAGCGAUUGAUUUUUAAUUAACCGGCGUGGUGAUGGAAUAUGGUAACGACAGUUUUCUUUCAGAGAAGAAUUACAGCCUCGUUUCUUAGGAGAGGGGGGGGCUAGACCUAGGAGGUUCUUAUUUUCAUUUCUUAACUUUUUACCCCCUAACAUCAGCAUGCAAAUUCUCCAUGCUGGUUUCUACACAUUUCCUUUGGCUGUGACAAGGAGAAAUUUUUAAUGUUCAUUAUUUAGCGAUUAUUUCGGAUCACUGCCAGUAUCGGAGCAAGUGUGCACCUACCCCUCCCCUAACCCAACAACAGUCAACUGAUAACGACUUAGGGUUCAUGUUGGGUUUGGGAAGGGGUAGGUGCACAGUUAGCAAUUAUUUCGGAUCACUGCCAGUAUUUGUCUUCUAAAGGGUUAAGGGGCUAAACGGUCUAAAUAUCCUCAGUAAACUUUAGAACAAGUUAGGAGAGAUCCUUAGAUCACAAUUGUUAGGUAUAAAAACACCAUGCUCUGACACUUCGACUAUCUGCACGUGCGAUAUAUUUUAAGCUAUUUUUGUAAUGGUUGGAAAUUAAUUUAGAAUUAUAUAGAAUAUUAAGGGAGUCUCCAGGAGGGUAUAGAUUAAACGGCUAACGGUUGAAAUUUUGGCCAUUUUACGGCUAACAGUCAAUUUCCUUCCAUUAAACGAAAAAUGAAUUUUCACUUUUUUUUCGACCAACGGUUAAAAUUUGUCAAUUUUUACGUCUAACUAGCACAUUUUUUAACUGUUUUACGGCUUAAACCCCAUUGAGACCCUCAAUUAAAUUGUAAGAGCCCUAAUUUUAAUCGGUAGAAUCUUAUCUAAAAUGAUUUCAAACUAAUUAAAAUUCACAUAUCACAAUACUGGAAUGUAUGAUCUCUCUUUGCUUGAAAGUGUAACUUAACUUCUGAAGAAAGAAUAUUAUCUGCUAUUCAUCAUCCCGAGAAGUACAAUUUACAAUUUACUACAAUUUUUCUAUGUGAGUCGAAAAAUCGCCAACUUAUUCUUCCUAUUGAUGUUUAGAUUAAGUGGUGUUUAUUAACGAGACGGUCUUUAACAGCUAGUUCAUGUAAUGUUUAAAAAACGAGCAGGAGUGUUUCAUCGGGUUUAAAACCACGAGGCGUAGCCGAGUGGUUUUUGACCCGAUAAAACACGUGCUGCGAGUUUUUUGAACGGCUUCAAAAACAUUCUUGGAAAAGCGUGUGUCAAGAGAGUUCAUAACAAUUAUGCUUUUGUGAACGUUAGAAAUUAGCAUACGAGAAAAAACAUUAGGGAUUAAAUUAGUAUGCAAGAAAAUCAAAUCUCACACGUGUUUUGUACUUUUCUUCUACUAACCGAAGAGGACAUGGCGUCCUGUUCCAGUUUCAGAUGAUGUAUUGUCUAAUAUGCCUUUACCAGAUUACUGUACUAAUGGAAUAGAGAAUUUUUCCAGAUGUGUAUUUCACAACUGUACUAUUAAUUUGGUGCAAAAGUAAAUUUACUGUGUGAAAUUUGUUGAAAGAACAUUAAAUAUGUUCCCACCA